AGCAUUAGGAAACUCGUUCACGGCCGCUGAAAGUCAGGGGAGGCUCAAAUUUGGUUUCCCCAGGAUUCCUGCCUCCAACGUCAGAUAAUGUCCGGAAACGCUGCCCCCAGAUAAGCAUGGGAGCGUUCUUUGGGGCAAGCAAUUAACCCCUGUCCAAAUAUAAAGCGCCAGAGGAAGGUGAGGCUGGAAGACGAGCAAGCCCUUCGCCUUCGCUGGUGAGGAAAGUGCGGCGCGGGGCCGGCCGCGGUGGGCGCCCCGCGCUUCAGCACCGGCGGGGAUGGACAGCGUCUCGGGACUGGGCCGCCGCCGCCGGGACGGAACUGCGCCGCCGCCGCCGUCCUCGCCCCGGGCAGCCGGGCUCCCCGCUCCUCGCAGCUAAGAGGCGGCGUCUCCUGGCGCCCCCUCGGCCCCCUCCCCUUCCCUGACCGGCGACAAGUCACCCCCUCCACCUGCCACAACCCCGCGCGGGGCUCGGAGGACCUCUCCUGUCCCACAGAUUAAGCUCCCAGCAGCAACUCGAAGACUGAUCUUCUCCAGGGCCGAGGAACACGGGCAGAAGAGUGAGGCCGAAGUUCCCGGAGGCCUGAGACACCAUGGGCUCCGCAGUCGGGGUCCAGGUGCCGAAAGGGCCUGGCGGGUCCGCGUAGGCAGCGCGCUCACGAGGGGACUGCACCCGCUUCGGCAACAGCUUCGUGAGAAGAGGCUCUGGACCCACUCAUACUGGAAGGCUUCUAAUUCCUCUGCUUGGCAGACUACUCUCCAGAAUGUUGAGAUUGCCGGAGGAGUGACCUCUGAGAAAGGAGAACACUGCUCUGCCUAAGUUCAAGCGGCGUCCCUGGCGGUGCCCCACUAGCACAUGGAUUUCAGGACCGCCUGUGAGGAGACAAAGACAGGGAUUUGUUUGCUGCAGGAUGGUAAUCAGGAGCCCUUCAAAGUGCGGCUGCACCUGGCCAAGGACAUUCUGAUGAUCCAGGAACAGGAUGUGAUAUGUGUGUCUGGUGAGCCUUUCUAUUCUGGUGAGAGAGCCGUGACCAUCAGAAGACAGACUGUGGGAGGAUUCGGACUAAGCAUCAAGGGGGGAGCAGAACAUAAUAUUCCUGUCGUCAUUUCAAAAAUCUCCAAGGAGCAAAGAGCGGAACUCUCAGGACUGCUGUUUAUCGGGGAUGCCAUUCUGCAGAUAAAUGGGAUUAAUGUGAGAAAAUGCAGACAUGAAGAAGUGGUUCAAGUUCUUCGAAAUGCUGGGGAAGAAGUGACCCUAACAGUCUCAUUUCUGAAAAGAGCACCUGCUUUCCUCAAGCUCCCACUGAACGAAGACUGUGCGUGUGCUCCCAGCGACCAGAGCAGCGGCACGUCCUCACCUCUUUGUGACAGCGGUUUGCACCUCAACUACCACCCCAACAACACAGACACGUUAUCCUGCUCCUCGUGGCCCGCGUGCCCCGGGCUCAGGUGGGAAAAGCGAUGGUGCGACCUCAGACUGAUCCCUCUGCUCCACUGCCGCUUCUCCCAGUACGUGCCGGGGACGGACCUGAGCCGGCAGAACGCUUUUCAAGUCACGGCAGUGGACGGGGUCUGCAGCGGAACCCUCCAGUGCCUCUCGGCCGAAGACUGCAGUGAGUGGCUGCAAGCAAUAGCGACGAACAUUUCCAACCUCACAAAGCACAAUAUUAAAAAAAUCAACAGAAACUUUCCUGUAAACCAGCAGGUCGUCUGCAUGGGCUGGUGCGAGGCCCGGGAGCCGGACCCCAUCCAGGACCGCGCGUACUCGCCGGCGUUCCUCGCCCUGAGGGGCUCGUGCCUCUACCGGUUCCUGGCACCUCCAGUGACCACGUGGGACUGGACCCGGGCGGAGAAAACAUUUUCAGUUUAUGAGAUUAUGUGCAAGAUUCUCAAGGACAGCGACCUGCUGGACCGGCGGAAACACUGCUUCAGCGUGCAGUCCGAGUCCGGGGAGGACCUCUACUUCUCCGUGGAGCUGGAGUCCGACCUGGCCCAGUGGGAACGAGCCUUCCAGACAGCGGCCUUCCUGGAGGUGGAGCGCAUCCAGUGCAAGACGUACGCGUGUGUCCUGGACGGCCACCUGAUGGGGCUCACCAUCGACUUCAGCUCCGGCUUCAUCUGCUUUGACGCGGCCACCAAGGCUGUGCUUUGGAGGUAUAAGUUUUCUCAGCUUAAAGGCUCUUCGGAUGAUGGCAAGAGCAAAAUCAAGUUUUUGUUUCAGAAUUCAGAUACUAAACAGAUUGAAGCAAAGGAGCUGGAGUUUUCAAACCUGUUCGCCGUUCUUCACUGCAUUCACUCGUUCUUUGCUGCCAAAGUGGCUUGUCUGGACCCUUUCUUCCUGGGCAGCCAGGCCGCGGCGUCCGCUGCUUCCAGCUCGGGGCUGACGGGCAAAGCCAAGUACGCGACCUGACGGCUGCGCUCGGCGUCCCGCUUGCCGCGACCUGUGAGCGGGACGGAACGGUGGCCACUCGCUUCCCACGCUGGAGAAGCGAGCACAUCACCGAGGCCACCGCGGAAUCACAUGGAAACCGCAACAGAAAAAAGAAAAAAAAAAAAAGAAGAAGAAGAAGGUCCUGCAGAUCCCCAAGGCACUUGUGUCUCGAAAGGCUCUGCAGCCCCCCUACAGGGGCAGAGGCCCUGCUCCCCCUCGGGGACGCGCCCCGGCGCCCCGGCCUCAGGCUGCAGGCGAGGGACGCAGCGCUCGAGGAUGUAGGUAACACACAGACUGUGAGGCACCUGUGAUAAAGACAGCGAGCGGCUGCUUCGGUAUUUCAGGUGCGCCGGCCCGGGUCGCUGCGCCGGGAGUGACCUGAAGGCAGCAGGGAGACCCGCGCCAGGACCCGCGUCUCAGGAGGGCGCCUGCACCCGCCGGUCUGGGUCCCUCCUUGUGUUCGCAUCCCGUGACCUGACACUGGCAUCCGGCUUUGUCUGGUUGUAAGACACUGCUGAGAAUUGCAGACGGGCAGUUCCCUCUUGCCCGGGGCAGACGCGCGUGCAAGGGGCGGUUUCCGCCUUGGGUCAUUGACGCCGAGUGUUCCUUCGCUAACGUGUCGGUUUCAUUACGAAGGAAGGACGCGUCCGUGACCACUUGCUCUGUCCUUCAUUUAAGGGGAUUGAUGUUUGCCCUGGGACUUACCUUCUAGCUAAACUUUCAGUGACCCCCGGAAACUUUUGUACAGAAAAUAGUAUCAACACAUGUGACGUUGGAACAGUUCUUUGCAGUCCUAUCCCUGCCUGUCAGUCCUGGACCAAAACGUCCCUAGAAAGCAUUCUCAACGCUAUCACUUAGGUAGAUGGCAUUUUCCCAUUUUAGUUACAGUUUAUGAAAGAAUAAGGUGAGAUAUGAGAAUAAAAUUUAAAAUGUCUAUUUGGCCAUGUCAUAAAAAGGAGUUCCCUAGCACCAAAUGAGCUGCCUCGCGGGUUGUCUCAGGAAAGUCAAAGUAAAGAGGGAGGGGAUUUGGAAGCGCUGGAGCUGCGCACACGACGCGCGCCCCAGGUGUGACCUAGCUCUUCCUAUAAUGUUGUCUGUCCUUCGCUGCAGCUCUACUGAGAUCUGCUUUCAGACUGUCCCCUGCCUACUAAGAAAGAGAAAAGCUACUUUUUUGUUAACACAUGCUUUCCCAACUCACCCAACAUUGGAUAUUCCCCUGGGAAGAUGACCAAGUACCUAACAUGGUGGUUUGAAUUUUCUUUUUUAAUAGAAAGGAAAAAAGUCACUAAAGAAGGAAACAGAUGAUGUGUUAAAAGGACACAUGAACAUUAUAAUUAAAAAGUAAACAUCAAACGACUUCCAUAAUCGUUAUCAGUUACUCACUCAGUUUGCACCUGACUGACUCUUAAGCACAUUAAAUUGAAAAGAAAACCUGGGUGAGGGUUAAGUUCGAUCGAGGAACCUUAUGAAAAGACCCGUGGCAGGCUGGACAACAUGCAGUGUUCAUGCAGUUUGACCAUCAAAUGAAACACAUGUCCCUAAUUGGGAUAACACUACAGAAUUAUUGCUAUGUUUUGAUCAAACAUAAGAGUCAUUCUAAAACCAGAAGCCCACCAAAAACAGGCCACUAGUGAACUCAAGGGGCAGUGGCAGACAGAGGCUCAGAGGCUGUGGUGGCCAGUUCAUUGGAGAACCUCUGUGGCUAAGCACAGUCGCCCCCAGUGUGCCCUGCGUAGGGCAAGUCCAUGUGUCCUAGUGUGAUCAGCAGUCUACAGGCAAUACGAAACGGGCUAAUUAGCCUAAAGGAAAAGAAAUAGUUCUAAAUCUUUAUGUAAGUGUAAUGUAAUCACUAAAAAACAAUGUCAGAUUUUGUAAAAGCUCCAUUUAAAGAAUACAAAAAGGCAUUUAAUUAAACACCUUUUUUGUUGUAUCAUAAAAAUCUUCUAGCCUGUGCUUGUGUGUAUGAAGGACAAGGUGCACAAUGAGCUACGUCUGAGUGUGUAACUCCUUGUGCAAGAUACACACACACAUACACAUAUAUGUAUAUACAGAAUGAAAUGCUA